UCCCGGGCGGGGGCUAAGAGAGGGAGAAGGCGGACUAAAGCGGCAGUCUGGCGUAGGGUGCCGGGGGCCUGGAGCCCCCACCCAGGGAGAUGGACCUCAACCGGAUCAUCCAGGCGCUGAAAGGUACUAUCGACCCGAAGCUGCGAAUUGCGGCAGAGAAGGAGCUCAACCAGUCCUACAAGAUUAUCAAUUUUGCCCCCAGUUUACUUCGGAUUAUAGUCUCUGACCAUGUGGAAUUCCCUGUACGCCAGGCAGCUGCCAUUUACCUGAAGAACAUGCUGACACAGUAUUGGCCAGACCGAGAGCCUCCACCAGGGGAAGCAGUAUUUCCAUUCAACAUUCAUGAAAAUGAUCGCCAGCAGAUACGUGAUAACAUUGUGGAAGGGAUAAUCCGAUCUCCAGAUUUAGUGAGAGUCCAGUUAACAAUGUGUCUCCGUGCCAUUAUUAAGCAUGAUUUUCCUGGUCGUUGGCCAUCCGUAGUUGACAAGAUAAAUUAUUAUUUGCAAUCACAGAAUAGUGGAAGCUGGCUUGGCAGUUUAUUAUGUCUGUAUCAACUAGUGAAGACGUAUGAGUAUAAGAAAGCCGAGGAAAGGGAACCCCUGAUAGCAGCCAUGCAGAUAUUUCUGCCUCGGAUUCAACAGCAAAUCAUCCAGCUUCUUCCUGAUUCCUCGCAUUACUCUGUAUUACUGCAGAAGCAGAUUCUGAAAAUCUUUUAUGCACUUGUCCAGUAUGCAUUGCCUCUUCAGCUUAUGGGUAACCAAAUGAUGACACAAUGGAUGGAGAUCUUUCGAACGAUUAUUGACAGAGCUGUUCCUCCCGAGACUCUGCAGAUUGAUGAGGAUGAUAGACCAGAACUUGUAUGGUGGAAGUGUAAGAAGUGGGCAUUGCAUAUUGUAGCUCUUCUCUUUGAACGAUAUGGAAGCCCAAGAACUGUCACAAAAGAAUACUUUGAAUUUUCCCAAUUCUUCUUGAAAACCUAUGCAGUAGGAAUUCAGCAGGUACUACUGAAAAUUUUAGACCAAUAUAGACAGAAGCAAUAUGUAGCUCCCCGUGUUCUUCAGCAGACAUUCAACUAUCUCAACCAGGGGGUUGUUCACUCUGUAACCUGGAAGCAGAUGAAGCCGCACAUACAGAAUAUUUCCGAGGAUGUGAUUUUUUCUGUGAUGUGUUAUAAAGAUGAGGAUGAAGAGCUAUGGCAAGAUGAUCCAUACGAGUACAUCAGGAUGAAAUUUGAUAUUUUUGAAGAUUAUGCUUCCCCAACCACAGCAGCCCAGACUUUAUUAUAUACUGCUGCCAAGAAAAGAAAGGAGGUGUUGCCCAAAAUGAUGGCCUUCUGUUACCAGAUUCUAACAGACCUGAACUUUGACCCCAGAAAGAAAGAUGGAGCCCUGCAUGUGAUUGGUUCCUUAGCAGAUAUUUUAUUGAAGAAGAGUUUAUUCAAGGACCAAAUGGAGUUGUUGCUGCAGAAUCACGUGUUUCCACUGUUAUUGUCUAAUCUGGGAUAUCUUCGAGCUAGAUCCUGUUGGGUACUUCAUGCCUUCAGUUCUUUGAAGUUCCACAACGAGUUCAACCUAAGAAACGCAGUGGAGCUAGCAAAGAAGAGCCUGGUUGAAGAUAAAGAGAUGCCUGUCAAAGUGGAAGCCGCCCUUGCGCUCCAGUCCCUGAUUUCUAACCAGGUCCAAGCUAAGGAAUGUAUGCGGCCACACGUGAGGUGUAUUAUGCAGGAGCUGUUGUAUAUUGUCAGAGAGACAGAGAACGAUGAUGUCACUAAUGUGAUCCAGAAGAUGGUAUGUGAAUACAGUCAAGAGGUGGCCUCCAUUGCUGUUGAUAUGACACAACACUUGGCUGAGAUAUUUGGCAAAGUUCUUCAAAGUGAUGAAUAUGAAGACAUUGAAGACAAGACAGUAAUGGCUAUGGGAAUUUUACAUACCAUUGACACUAUCUUGACAGUGGUAGAAGAUCAUAAAGAGGUUACUCAGCAGUUGGAGAAUAUCUGUCUACGGAUCAUUGAUCUUGUUUUACAUAAGCAUGUAAUUGAAUUUUAUGAAGAAAUUCUUUCACUGGCAUAUAGUUUAACUUGUCAUAGUAUUUCCCCUCAAAUGUGGCAGCUUUUAGGUAUAUUAUAUGAAGUUUUUCAGCAGGAUUGUUUUGAAUAUUUCACAGACAUGAUGCCUCUCCUGCAUAAUUAUGUGACAAUAGAUACAAAUACUUUGCUAUCAAAUCCAAAGCAUUUAGAAGUACUUUUUACAAUGUGUAGAAAGGUGCUGUCUGGAGACGCAGGAGAAGAUGCAGAGUGUCACGCAGCCAAACUCCUCGAAGUCAUUAUUCUUCAGUGCAAAGGAAGGGGGAUUGAUCAGUGCAUUCCACUCUUUGUUCAACUUGUUUUGGAGAGAUUAACCCGAGGUGUCAAAACUAGUGAGCUCCGGACCAUGUGUCUUCAAGUAGCGAUUGCUGCCUUGUAUUACAACCCUGAUUUACUGCUACACACAUUAGAACAAACUCAUUUACCGCACAACCCUGGGCCUAUAACUGUUCAGUUUAUAAAUCAGUGGAUGAAUGAUACAGAUUGUUUUCUUGGGCAUCACGACCGGAAGAUGUGUGUAAUCGGACUGAGCAUCCUUUUGCAAUUGCAAAACCGGCCUCCUGCAGUGGAUGCAGUGGCUGGACAGAUUGUUCCCUCCAUUCUUUUCCUCUUCCUCGGCCUAAAGCAAGUCUGUGCUUCCAGACAAUUGCUAGACCGAGAAGGUCACUCAAAAGCAGAGAAAGCUGACAUAGAAGAAAAUGAGGAAAUUUCAAGUGAUGAAGAGGAGACAAAUGUAACUGCUCAAGCAAUGCAGUCAACUAAUGGGAGAGGUGAUAAUGAAGAGGAGGAGGAGGAUGACUGGGAUGAAGAAGUGUUGGAAGAAACGGCCCUGGAGGGAUUCAGCACCCCACUUGACCUUGACAAUAGUGUAGAUGAAUAUCAAUUUUUUGCACAAGCCUUGCUAACUGUGCAGAAUCGGGAUGCUGCAUGGUACCAGCUGCUGGUGGCUCCGCUCGGUGAGGAGCAGAAGAGAGCCCUGCAGGAAGUUUACACCAUCGCUGAGCACCGAAGGACAGUGGCAGAGGCAAAGAAGAAGAUUCAACAGCAGGGAGGCUUCACAUUUGAAAACAAUGGAGUCCUCUCUGCAUUUAGCUUUGGGUCUAUGCCCAGCAACAACUGAGGGAAGAAACGUCAACGGACCAGAGUUUUCUGCUACAUUUUAUGUCCCCAGGGUGGUGUGAGGCCCCGGGAGGAAAUGAGGGCAGCCUUUCCUGUGCCCUCUGCUGUCUGGUGGCCUCCAACACUAGGCAGUGCUUCUCUCCACGGCCUCCUCGUCCCCUUUGAUGUUGGUCACUCGGAAACAUGUUUUAAACAGCUACUGUCAUGUAUGAAAGAAAGAGCAAUCAUUGAGCUGAAAGGACAGAUCGCAAGCUCCAAAGGAAGGCUGUCCAAGGUAGGGCUGCCGUGCCGUCUCAGGUUUGCCGUGCAGAGUCAAUGGAUUUACGCGGACAACAGUGCCUUCCUUCUGCUGUACAUGAAGUAUCGCAAACUUUUGUUGGCGUGCAUCGCAGUUUUUUUAAAGCAUAAAACCUAUUUCCAGAUAAAAUGUAAACCUUGUUGUAUGUUGACUUAUUCUGCAUUUGCCUGUGUGAAAUUUUACUGUGAGGCAGUUAGCCGUAAGUCACUCUGGUUUCAGAAACAUGCCUGCUCCUCCUUGCUCCGCGGCCUGCGGGGGGCUUCCUGCAGCGGCAGGGGUUGUACAAUAUGCACUGGCUCUGGCUUUUCAUGCCAGGUUUUGUGGCUUUCCGAAGAAGUGUCUUAUUCCCUCUUUCAACAUAUUUUUCAGGCCUGAAAGGGGUGGUAUUUCUUUCAGGGUCAGCAAAUACAAGUCUCAAUUUCAGUCAGAGUCUGAUACGUUCAAGAGCCUAGUCUCUUGGUAGUCACUGCAUAUUCUGUGCUUUUCAAUCCCGAAUGGAUAAUGACACCUGAGCACACUGAACUUCUAAGAGGAAGGUGCUACGUAAGCACGCUGUCUUUCCGGAUGGGGGCUUGCAUUUUCCAUAAGCUAGCAUUCCAGAUGUGUUGGACCAGGGUCCAAAACAUUUUAUAACAGCGUUUUUCUAUUUAAGAAAAAGACCCAAAUAAUGAUAACAUCUUCCUUUGUCACACAGGAAUUUCGCCCUACUUAAAUUGUUCUAGUCUUUUUUAUAGUUCAGUUUGCCUUCUUACAUUUUCCAAGGGUUGGAAAUACUGCUCAGCUGUGUUCUUAGCUUGUAACCAUGUAAAACAGUCCGUAGCAAAUAAUGCAGGUGGGGGCGAUAGCUGUAUCCCCUACACUGGGUCAGAUGAGAAUAUAGAGCAUAGUGUUUUUACUCAACAAAAUGAUUAAAAGGAAACACCAGAUUUUCCAUCUCUGUGGAAUGUGUGCAUCUUAAAUUUCCCCAGUGCCUCCGAAAUGUUGCCACCCCUUGUUUGUGCUAGUUAUCCAGGGCCACGCUAACAGGAGUACCACAGGUGGGUGGACUUAACACACCAACUUUUUUGUCUUCUUAGUUUGGGAAGCCAGAAGUCCACAUUGGGAGCGUGCUGCUUGCUCUCUUGGGAGGACGCCCUUGUCUCUCCUGAGCUAAUGCUCCUGGGCAGCCUGCAUCUGGGUUGGCACCUCUUCCCCUGUCUCUGCUUUGCUGGCUUGUUAACGUCUCUAGCUCAGAACUCGCCCUACAUCAGUCGUGGCUGUGUCACAUAACACAGUCCUUCUUCAAAUGGGACUGUAGCCGCAGACAUAGAGGCUAGGAUGCAAAACACGGUUUUGGGGGACACAAUUCAAUCCGAAUUUUCUGCAGGUGCUUCCUAUAGUGCUAGCCCUUGUUAAUUCUAGCUCUUUUUAUUUGAGUACUUUUACAGUAGCACCUGAAGAGCCAUGAGCUUCAGAAUCUAGUCUUCUGCUCUUCUUUCGCCAUCUCUUUCUAAGAUUGAGGCGGAAAUGUGUCAGCUGGCCACUAAGAGGAAAUUGACAUUGGGAGGGGGUGGCAGUUUUAAAGGUUUUAAACUUUGAAUCCUUCUUAUUCUACUUAUGUCCAUAGAGUUUAUUCUUAACAUAAAUAGUAUGCCUUCACCCAGGAUUGUAAAAGGCAUGUGGUUUUAGGGAAUUUAUUUUGUGACGUUUUUUAUCUUCAGUAUUAAAGGGCAAGAAGUAUUAAUGUGCAUCACCCUUUCUUAUUUUUGAAGCCAGGGUAGUUGUGUAAUUUUGUUACCAGCAGUGCAACACCGAAUGUGAUCCAGUUACAUUGGAAAUGCAGAAAUUUAUGAAUGUACUGUAAAAUAAAAUGCAGAUUGACUCCCAGG